AUGAGGAACAAGAUGGAGGAAGAAGGCAAACUUGGAGGUAGACGGAAAAAGCAAAACGACCAGGCACAAGCCAAAGAACACGCAAAGAAAAAAGCUGCUGAAGCUGGAUCAUCAUCCAAAGCCAAAGAACUAACAUUCCAGGAGAUAUUCGGCAUUGAAACCAUAAGAAAAGAUUGGAGCGUAAAUAGGCAAAUUACUGGAUCGGUUAGGAACCAAGGUCUCAAAGAUAUCUGUUGGGCCAUAUGCUUUGCCUGCCUUUUACAGGCUAUUUACAACAUUCAACAUCCCGAUGAUCAGAUUGAGUUUUCGGUUAGUGACUUGGUGGGUAGCAUAAUACCAGACUCUAAAGAGAAAGGAAAAGGUUUGGCACUUGCCAACCUCAAGAAAGCUUUUAAACAUAUCAGCACAAUCGGAAUGUUGAAGAUGCCCACUAAGGGACAUGGAAUGGUAAAGAUUAGAUCAGCAGGAGAUAAGGGGAAAAAGGUUCAAGAAAACUUUGAUAUCUAUCAGGAUGUCGAUGCUUCGUUUAUUCGACAGCAGUUGGAUCUGUUUCCCGUUGCACUUCGAUUAGAGAUAGAGCCACUACUUUCAGAUAAUAAGGGGGAGAUUUAUUAUUUGCCUAAGAAGGAGGUCAUUACGCCCUAUACUCGUCUACACUGUCUGAUUCUCAUUGGGUAUGGUAUCACCAAGGAAGGGAAGUGGUACUUUAUUGGCCAAAACUCAUGGGGAGAAAAAUGGGGAUGCAAA